AUGCUGAGCGUCUCUGUCCCUCCUGCCCCACAAAACUUCACCGUGUGCCUCUGGCCCUGGGAGCGCUCGCGGCAGGAUGGGUGGGUGGAGAGCAGCCCUGCGGAGAAGGACUUGGGGAUUCCGUACGGCAUCGUGCUGGACGCCGGGUCCUCCCACACGGCCGUGUUCAUCUACAAGUGGCCUGCGGACAAGGAGAACGACACCGGGGUGGUCAGCGAGCACAGCAUGUGCGACGUGGAGGGUCCUGGCAUCUCCAGCUACAGCUCCAACCCUCCGGCUGCCGGGACGAGCCUGGUGCACUGCCUGAACCAGGCUCUGAAAGAUGUGCCCAAGGAGAAGCACGCAGGCACGCCGCUCUACCUGGGUGCCACGGCCGGCAUGCGCCUGCUCAAUCUCACCACCCCCUCGGGCUCUGCGGGCAGCGGGGGCUCCGUAAAAAAAACGUACCCCUUCGACUUCCGGGGGGCGAAGAUCCUGUCCGGUGAAGAGGAAGGAGUCUUCGGCUGGGUCACCGCAAACUACCUCCUGGAGAACUUCAUCAAGCGCGGGUGGCUCGGGGAAUGGAUUCAGCCCCAGAAGAAGACCCUGGGGGCCAUGGACUUCGGGGGUGCUUCAACACAGAUCACCUUUGAAACCGGGGACGCCAUUGAAGACCCCAGGAACGAGGUGAUGCUGAAGCUGUACGGGCAGGCGUACAAAGUCUACACCCACAGCUUCCUCUGCUACGGAAGGGACCAGGUCCUCAAGAGGCUGCUCGCAAAGCUCCUCCAGGCUGAGAGCUACCAAGCCACCGUCUCCCAUCCCUGCUGGCCCAGGGGCUACCGCAAGAGCCUGUCGCUGAGCAGCAUCUACAACAGCCCCUGCACGGAGAAGGAGAGGCCCAGCCUUGCCCUCAACACCACCAUCACCGUGGUCGGCACUGGGAACGGGAGCCUCUGUGCCCUGCACGCCAGCAAGCUCUUUGACUUCACCACCUGCUCCUUCUCCCGCUGCUCCUUCGACGGCAUUUUCCAGCCGGAGGUUUCGGGAAACUUCAUCGCCUUCUCCGCCUUCUUCUACACGGUGGACUUCAUCCAGACGGUGAUGGGGAGGACAGUGCGCUUGCCCAGUGACCUGAAGGAUGCUGCCGAGACCAUCUGUGCCACCAGCUGGGGCGAGCUGCUCCAGAAAGCCCCCGAGCUGGAGAAGAGACUGUCAGAUUACUGCGCUGUCAGCAUGUUCGUCUAUUUGCUCACCACCAAAGGCUACAACUUCGACAACCAUUCCUUCCCCAACAUUGCCUUCCAGAAGAAGGCGGGAGAAACCUCCAUCGGCUGGGCGCUGGGCUACAUGCUGAACCUCACCAACAUGAUCCCGGCAGAGAAGCCCUCUUCCCACAGAAGCAUGUUGUACAACUACUGGGUCAUGCUCAUCCUGCUCUUCGUGGCCGCCGGGCUGACGUCGCUGGCGACCGCCGUCUGCCUGCUCCGGCGCAGCAAGUCCAGCGCGAUCUAA